AUGUCAGCCCACGAUCCUCAAGACCCCACCGAAAGCCCGAUGCUAAGCAAUGCCGCCCGUGUCGCGGAGGGGCAAAGGCCACCCAAUUGGGUUCCGAUCAAGGAGCAAUAUGGCUAUACUCCGCGAAAAAUCCGAAUGAUUUGCGUCGGCGCUGGUCUUUCGGGACUGUCGUUGGCCCACAUGAUCACGCACGAAAUGAAGGAUAAUGAAUUCCUGGAUUUCACGAUCUACGACAAGAACGCGGAGGUUGGUGGGGUUUGGUAUGAAAACAAGUACCCCGGUGUUGCCUGUGACCUUGCCGCCCGUAAGAACACAUAUGUGUUCCGCUUCGAGCCCAACCCUGAUUGGUCCCACUUUUAUGUCUCUGGUGCUGAAAUUUAUGAGUAUAUUCAGAAAACUGUGCGAAAGUGGGGCCUUGACGAACAUGUUGAGCUGAACUCCAAGAUUAUCGAGUCCAGAUGGGACGAAGAUUCAGGUAAAUGGAAGGUAAAAGUUGAUCAGAAUGGCACAAUCAAAGAAGAUGAGGCGGAAAUCUUGGUGAAUGGCAUGGGCUUGGUGAAUGAGUGGAAAAUGCCCAACAUAAAUGGACUAUCUGACUUCAAGGGAAAGCUGGUUCAUACCGCAACCUGGGAUGAAAGCUAUGACUGGAAAGGGAAGCGGGUGGCCGUGAUUGGGAACGGAUCAGCCGGCAUCCAGGUGGUGACUACAAUGCAUCCGGAGACAUUGAGGCUAGUCAACUACGUCCGCAACCCAACGUGGCUUACCCCGAAUGUCAAUGCAGAGAUGACUCCAGACGGUUCGAACUUCGCAUAUACUCCCGAAGAGCGCGAACGAUUCAGAAACGACCCCAAGGCUUUCUUUGAGUUGCGCAAGGAGUUGGAAAACCAUGUCAAUGGUGCAUCAUACGCCACCCUCAAGGAGCAUGCUUUCCAAGAUUUGAUGCGUGGGGAGGCGAAAAGAAUCAUGGAAGAAAGGUUCAAAGAUUUAAAGCUUGACCCAGCCGUUGCUGCUCGGAUGAUUCCUGAUUUUCCUGCCGGCUGUCGACGACUCACUCCUGAAAUCGGUUAUCUUCGAUCCUUUGCUUCCGAUAAUACCGAAAUGUGCUGGGACGAGAUUGAACAAAUUACCGAGACUGGUAUUCGAACCAAGAAUGGCGAGGAAGAAUUUGACAUGAUCAUCUGUGCGACUGGUUAUAACACAUCUGCUCGUCCGCACUGGAACCACGUUGGGAGAAAUGGCCGUAUUCUCACCGGGGACUUGGAGGGUUUCUUCUCGGUCCAGAUUGAUGACAUGCCGAAUUAUUUCAUGCUCGGGGGCCCCAAUUUCCUGAUCUCGCACGGAACAGUGUAUAGUGCCAUUGCCUUUGCGUGUGAAUAUGCGCUGAAGUGGAUUAAAAAGAUCGCCACGGAAGAUAUCAAGUCACUUGAUGUUCGCAAAGAAUCGGUAGAUGACUACAACGUUUGGUCUCAGGAAUAUUUGAAGCGCACAGCGUUCUCUGGAGAUUGUUCGAGUUGGUAUAAGAAUGGAAAAUCGAAGGGCUUCGUGAAUGCCUAUGCGGGAACAACGAGUCAUUUCCGGAAGUCGCUGCAAAGAAUUGGGGGUGAGCAUUUCAACAUCAAGUACAACUCAGCAAACCGCUUUUCCUACCUGGGCAAUGGCCAAAUGGAAGAGGAAAACCAAGGGUUUGGUGAUUUGUCUGACUACUUCGUGCAAGGCGUAUGGGGUCCGUGA